GAUCCCCAGAGAAACUUCCCAAAGGACUUGGCAGGUCUGACCAUGCACUGGCUGUGGAAACUCCAGCAGGUUUGCAUCCGAUGCAGGACCCAGAUGUCUAGUCGCACUGUCCACCUUCAUACCAAGCAACUGACAUCCCUGCAGUGGGGUCACCAGGAGGCCCCUGAGAAGUUUAACUUUGCUAUUGAUGUGAUAGAUCACUGGGCUGGCAUGGAAAAGGCUGGCAAGCGACCUCCAGGCCCAGCCCUCUGGUGGGUGAACGGUGAUGGGGAUGAAAUAGUGUGGAACUUCAGCCAACUGAGGGAAUUCAGCCAGCAGGCAGCCAAUGUCCUUUCGGGGGCAUGCAACCUGCAGCCUGGGGACUGUGUGGUGGUGGUGCUGCCCCGUGUGCCUGAGUGGUGGCUGGUGACCCUGGGCUGCAUGCGAGCAGGUCUUGUCUUCGUGCCUGGGACUAUCCAAAUGAAAGCAAAGGACAUCCUCUACAGGCUGCAGGUGUCUAAAGCCAGGGCCAUCGUGGCUGGGGAUGAAGUGUCCCAGACAGUGGACACCGUGGCCUCUGAGUGCCCCUCUCUGAAAAUGAAGCUACUGGUAUCUGAGAAAAGCCGGGAUGGGUGGCUUGACUUUAAGACUCUACUACGAGAUGCAUCUACCAAUCAUUGCUGUGUGGAGACUGGAAGCCAAGAAGCAGCUGCCAUCUACUUCACCAGUGGGACUAGUGGUCUUCCGAAGAUGGCGGAACACUCCCAUGCCAGCCUGGGCAUCAAGGCCAAGAUGGAUGCUGGCAUAUGGAUGGACCUGCAAGCCUCUGACAUAAUAUGGACCAUAUCAGACACAGCUUGGAUACUGAACAUCUUGACUUCAUUUCUGCAACCUUGGGUAGCAGGAGCGUGCACAUUUAUCCAUCUUUUGCCAAAGUUUGACCCAGCAGUCAUCCUAAAGGUGCUGUCCAGCUACCCAAUCAACAACAUGGUAGGAGCACCCAUCAUUUACCGGAUGUUGAUACAACAGGAUCUUUCUAGUUACAAGUUCCCGCAUCUACAGAACUGCUUCAGUGGUGGAGAAUCCCUCCUUACAGACAUUUUGGAGAACUGGAGGGCCCAGACGGGACUGGACAUCCGGGAAUUCUAUGGCCAGACAGAAACGGGACUCACUUGCAGAGUUUCCAAGACCAUGAAAAUCAAACCUGGUUACCUGGGAACUGCUAUUCCCCAUUAUGAUGUGCAGGUCUUGGACGACAAGGGCAAGAUCUUGCCUCCUGGUACACAGGGAGACUUGGGCAUCAGGGUAAAGCCCAUCAGACCUAUAGGCAUCUUCUCUGGCUAUGUGGACAAUCAUGAGAAGACAGCAGCCAACAUUCGAGGGGAUUUUUGGAUCCUUGGAGAUCGGGCAGUCAAGGAUCAAGAUGGCUAUUUCCAGUACCUGGGGCGGGGAGAUGAAAUCAUUAACUCCAGCGGGUACCGGAUUGGGCCCUCAGAGGUUGAGAAUGCACUGAUGGAGCAUCCUGCUGUUGUUGAGACGGCUGUAGUCAGCAGCCCUGACCCUGUCCGAGGAGAGGUGAUAAAGGCGUUUGUGGUCCUGGCCCCACAGUUUCUGUCCCAUGACUCCGACCAGCUCACCAAGGAGCUGCAGCAGCACGUGAAGUCAGUAACAGCCCCAUACAAGUACCCAAGGAAGGUGGAGUUUGUCUCGGACCUGCCCAAGACUGUCACAGGGAAAAUCCAGCGGAAGAUUCUUCGAGACAAGGAGUGGAAGACAUCUAGGCAAGCUGGGCCCCAGUGA